AUGUUGGGGAUACAGGCGUUUCUGCUGGCUUUGCUGGUCUGCCUCCUGAUUCUGUACUUUCUGAAACAUAAUUGGGUACCCAGCUCUUACCCUCCGGGACCUCUUUGGCUUCCAUUCAUUGGAGACCAAUGGAAAAUAGGAUUCAAAAUUUCUGAAGGCGUUUACAGAAAACUGGCCGCACAAUAUGGGAACAUUUACUCUUUGGCAAUAGGAUCUCAAGCUGCAAUAGUAGUUCAUGGAUUUCCAGCAGUGAAAGAAUUUCUGAUAAACAAUUCGGCACAGGUUUCCGGACGACCUGCACUCCCCUUCCUGGAGGCUAUAUCACAAGGAAAAGGUAUUAUAUUCUCAAGCGGCCACACCUGGAAGCAACAGAGGAAGUUUGGGUUAGUGGCCAUGUGGAAGAUGGGAAUGGGGAAGAGAAGCAUGGAGCAGAAAAUUCAAGUGGAGGCUGAUCAUCUUGUUGAGGCUCUUGCACGUGCCAAGGGGCAACCACUUGACCCUACAUUACUGAUCAGGCAUUCAAUCGUCAAUGUGAUUUGUGCUGUCACUUUUGGAUACCGGUUUUCUUUAGAUGAUGAAGUAUUUCUCAAGUUAGAAGAAGAUGUCAACGUAUUUUUGAGAUUUGGAGGUUCUUUAAGUUAUCUUUUGUAUGAAUCUUUGCCAUGGCUCAUUAAACGCCUUCCGGGGCCUCACAAUAAAGUGCUUGCAUGUGUAGAUGAUGUGAAGUCAUUUGCGAGAAAAGAGAUAGAAAAACAUAAGGAUCAGCAAGCCAGGCAUGAGCCACAGGAUUUUAUUGAUUUCUAUCUACUUCAGAUGGAGAAAAGCAAGAACGACCCUAGCUCUACAUACGACGAAGAAAAUCUGACACAGUGCAUUUUCGACUUCUUUAUAGCAGGAUCAGACACGACCGUAAACACUGUGCUAUGGGGUCUGCUCCUCAUUGCAAUGCAUCCAGACAUCCAAGCUAAGGUCCACAAGGAGAUAGACGACGUUUUGGACUCCUUUCAGUCAUUCGAGUAUCGAGAUAAGAAGAAACUACCGUACACCACUGCUGUGAUACAUGAGAUCCUGCGAGCUCACCCUAUCUUAACUUUUGGGAUCCCCAGACGAUGUGUGGCAGAUCUGAAUGUGCUCGGUUUUUUCAUUCCAAAGGGGACUUGCGUAAAUUUGGAUCUAGAUUCUAUUUUUUUUGAUCCCAAGAUAUGGGAUGCCCCCACAGAGUUCAAUCCAAAUAAUUUUUUGGACAAAGAUGGACAUUUUGUGGAGAAAGAGGAAUUCAUUGCAUUUGGUGCAGGGGCCCGUGUGUGUCUUGGGGAGCAACUGGCAAGGACUGAACUCUUUGUCUUCUUCACCAGCCUACUGAGGUCAUUCACCUUCCAACUGCCAGAAGGAGUGACAGAAAAUGGCAAAAAGCCUAUGUCUGGAUUCACAACAGCUACCCCUCCCUAUAAGAUUUGUGCUGUUCCUCGCGACAGAUCAGCACAGCCCAUGAAAAUAAUUUGA